CACACACACACACACACACACACCACAUAUUAGUAAGAAGAAGACAGAGUAACAAAAGUUUAUAAUCAUCAUCGAUCACAAUGUCUCCUUCUUCCGACGAUAAUAGAGUAACGAGACAGGUAAUCAAGAAUUUUUUUGUAAAGCUACAGGAAGAAGGAGAAGGUGCUCUCGUUAGAAACGCCAUCACAGAGAUGGAUCAGAAGUUACUGGACCCGUUCGUGUUAUUAGUUGAAUUUUCUUUUUCGCUUUCAGUUGGAUACCCAGAUCAUCCUCACAGAGGUUUUGAAAGUGUUACUUACGUGCUACAGGGAGGUAUCAUUCACAAAGAUAUUAAAGGUCAUACAAGUACAAUCAAAGCCGGGGAUGUUCAGUGGAUGACAGCAGGAAGAGGAAUCAUUCAUUCCGAAUAUCCGGAACAAGAAGUCAACAAUGGCUUACAGCUUUGGAUCAACCUUCCUUCUAUUCACAGAAUGAUUGAACCAAAAAACAUAGAACUGUCUGGUUCAGAGAUUCCAAGAGCUGAGGAAGAUGGAGUUGAAGUCAAAGUCAUAGCAGGAGAUUCAAUGGGAAUCAAAUCUCCUUUCCACACAGCAACACCAAUGAUGUACCUUGACUUCACCCUCAAGCCAGGUUCUCAAACCCAUCAGACCGUUCCAGAGUCUUGGACAGCUUUCGCCUACAUUUUAGAAGGAGAUGAAGGCGUGUUCAGCUCCUUGGACUCUUCUUCUAUUUCUGCGCACCAUGUUGUUGUGUUUGGACCGGGGGAGUUAGUUAGCGUGUGGAACAAGUCAAGUUCUAGGUCAUUGAGGUUUUUGUUGAUUGCAGGGGAGCCGAUUGGUGAGCCUCUGAUUCAAAGUGGUCCGUUUGUGAUGAGUUCUCAAGCCGAGAUUGAUACGGCUUAUGAAGACUAUCAGAAUGCUAAGAAUGGAUUUGAGAUAGCUAAGAGUAGCUAGAGGUCACAGUCCAAAGAGUUUGUAAACAAAAACCAUAUGAUUUAUUUGGGUUUUGUUUUCUUCAUUUCACUUUCAAGAUGAGAUCAAUGUAGCUUAAAUCAUCACUUAAUGAAAGUUGAUAAGACUUGAGAUUCUGUUACAACUAAGUCUAAAAAGUCGAAUCUCU